AUGGAACGAGACGACACCUCUCUUCCCACUCGCGUUGCUGCUCUGGUCCACGCCCAUUUUAAUGCUUUGCCGGCUCACUACAAGCCUCGCACUCGCGACGAUGGCUCUACAGAAUGGAUUCCCAUGAGUGGGAUUGUGGCUGUAAGGGGACAGGGCACUCCAUCAGAGACACUGACUUGCAUUGCUGUUGCGACUGGGGCGAGAUGUCUUGCGUCCUCGCAGAUUACUCACUGCCAAGGACUAGUCCUUCACGACUGUCAUGCUGAGGUUUUAGCCAUCCGUGCUUUCAACUACUGGGUCAUGAACGAAUGUCUGUCCGUUAUUCAACAAGAAAAGCUUUCUCCAGCUCCAAGUCAAACAGAAGUAGCACGAGUUUUCAUCAGACGCCGAACAGAUGAUCUCUCUCAUGCUUCUGGCCCCCCCUUUGAGAUAUGUCCCGACAUUAAAAUAUACAUGUACUGCACUUGUGCCCCCUGUGGAGAUGCAAGCAUGGAGCUCUGCAUGGCCGAGCAAGACGACCCCACGCCUUGGGUUAUCCCACCAAGAAAUGAAGGCGAAGAGCAGGAGAUUCUUCUAGAUGGGAGAGCAAAUUUCUCUAUCCUCGGUGUGGUGCGACGUAAACCCGCUAGAGCAGAUGCUGAGGCAACUCGGAGCAAGUCCUGUUCAGACAAGCUUGCUCUACGACAGGUCACCUCGCUUCUUUCAUACCCUGCAAGUAUUCUAGUUGCGCCAACGAGUAGCGCAUACAUCAGCGCAUUGGUUCUUCCAGAAGAGGAGAUUUCUCGAUCUGCUUGUGAUAGGGCGUUUGGUCCUGGCCCGACGGGUCGGAUGAAAAACCUGGUCGGUACUAAUUGGCCAACGGACGGAAAAGGGGAUGAUUCAUUUGGAUAUCGCUUUCGACCAUUCCAGGUGUUCGCUGUCCCAAUGGAAAGUAUCAAACCCAAGUGGCCGUUUGGAAAAUAUAGAACGGAUGAAAUAAACCCAGUCCUGGGCCAGAAGAGAAAGCCUGGUAACGUCUCCGCUGUAUGGAUUGCAGCUACAUCGCUUCAUAAGCCAUACCAAGCUUCCGGCGCUUUGCAGACCAAUUAUCUACCGCGGUUCAGCCCGGUUUCGACUGCAAUUGCUGAAUGUAUUGUUGGCGGCGUAAAACAGGGCAGUAAAAUCUCUUCGAUCACUCCUCGGGGUGCAUCUGUGCUUUCGAGAGCAAAAAUGUGGACUUUUGUUUACGACAUUCUUGCUCAGUCUGAUAUAGAGCACACGGGAUGGAAGGAUAUUCUUGAACCAUCAACCUAUGGUGAUUUCAAGAGACACCCUACCUAUUUCGAGGAUUUUAUUUUCCCUUGGGCGAAAGCGAGGCUCUCAGCUUUGGAAGAUGCGAAACACGUUCUCCGCCCGUGGAUUCCUAAUAGGGGAGACGAAGAUUGGUUAUCGAACGGACACACCCUCGACACUACUCCCCCAACGAGUAUCGCCUUUUGCUCAGAGAUAUUCAUGUUCGGCCGAUUACCCAGAUAUGCAGCCAACCGUCUACGACCCAACAUAGCCUCUCGACCGAGCGAACGGCUCCUACGCUUGUCGUGUCGUCGUUGUGACUUCUCAACCUCUACAGAACCCGACAACAACACCACGACCAAUGAGAAGACAAUCGAAGACAAGCCCUCUGGCAGAGGCCGUAAAUCUUUUCUUACAGCCCUGGAGCGACACCAGACACGGCACCAAAUCGAUGUACAUGCGCUAGGAAAACCUGGGAACAUUAUCGUCCUCGGACGCGGCAAAAAGAAGUUGCGGAAACUUGGCAAGAAACCGAAGUCAACGAAGUCAACGAAAAAAGAGGAAGAAAAGGAAGAAGAGGUGGUUGAUGAAACGAAUAAUUCUCCCGAUGAUGUCACUGCGGACGCGAAAAUAGAUGGGAUUGACGAAACAAACUUCAUUACUCUCCUAGAAGAGUUGCGUUCGUCAUAUCCACUAGGCGAAGAUCUCUCGAAGGCGGCUUGGAUAAAGCUACAAACCAAAAUCGAGCUUUCCUUUACAAAAGAACAAAUGAUUACCUACAUACGUCACAUAAAACAAUCGACUUCCCCGGAGAACCAGGAAGACUCGGUGACUGCCAGUGAGAGGUGGAUUACUGCUGAAGACCAGGUACAGCCAACGGAUAAAACUUCAGGGAGCGAGUUGGAUAAGGACGUGGAUGAGCACCAGAAGAAUUUUUAUCUCAAAAAGGAUAAGCUUGCUGAACUCAUCAUUGGAGACUACUGGCAACUUGGGUUGCAAGGUACAAGAGGUAACUUGGACAUCGAGCUUCCGUCGCACGUCAUAUCUCUACUAGUCGAAUCGGAUAAAUACUCGUUAGAAGAGUUGGCGUACUCACAUGGUAUUGAAAUCGACCCAUACAUUUCACAAAACAUCAUUCGAGUUUCCGGUAAUCGAGGACCUUGCGAAUCUGUGCGAGACAUUGUCAAAACAUACGCUUCAGAUAUACAAACUCGAGCUAUUGAUGUAUCGUUUGUGAAUCGCCUGCGGGCGGAGAAGGGAGACCCUCUACCAGAAGACAUUUUUCGUUGGUUAAAAGAAAAUUAUGGUGCUUCUUUGGAAUACAAUAGCCGGAAGUCAACUCUCUUGGCUUCGUGUUUCUCGGGCAGCGAGGCUAUUUUACAGAGCACUACUCGCGACCUGGAACUUGUUAAUUAUUCAAUGGCCGAAAAACCGGAUGAGGUGGCAUUUUGCUCAUACGCCCCGGCUAGUGAGACUGGCUUUUUGAGUCGCGCUGCACCAAGGCGGAUUGACAUAAUGUCAUUUCUUGAACGAGAAAAGCCAUGGACACGAUGGACAAUGCCAGUUGCACCUGAGAGUUUUUCCAAAAAAUCAUUACCGUCAUUGUUUAGCCAACACUAUGCUGGCCGUUCGUCCCAGAUACUGCGGUUUUUGAGGAAAGAUAACACUCAGUCAGUGGGACUUGAUUUCGAGGAAAAAUUGACUGCAACAAUUGGUCAAAGUCUUUUUAACACGGAAAAAGGGACGGAGGGCCGCUCUUACACGGCACCCCAACUAGGAAAAUUGGAUGUGCCUCGAUUGUUCCUCAAACGGGUUUCAAAAGCAAAGGAUUUCUUACCAAACUUAUCCCAAUUUCCAGGAAGAGACCAAGAACCAUUGUUCCGAUUCCAGAUGAUUCCAUGCCAGCCACACAAGGCAAGUCUACCAGUUAUAGAAGUAGAGCUGGAGUUACCUUUAUCUUCAUCUGGCGACCAUACACGGGAAAUAUCAUUGUCCGAUGUCACCGUUAGAAAAGUCAAGGCUAUCACGAAACAGAAAAUAAUUGAUUAUCUUUUCCCCGAGACGAACCAUGACAUUCGCUUCACACAAACUGUCACCCGUGACUUGCUCAGCUUGCCUGAAAAAGAGUCUGCCAGACCUAUACAAAAAGCCAUCAUAUCUAUUCUGGAAGCUAUGGGUGGCAACAUUGACCGAGUAUUCCCACCAUCUUGUCAGCUGCCGUUACCGGCAUCUAUACUACGAGGUCUUUCAUCGAAAGAAAGACAAGGCCUCGAUACGUCCGUUGAACAUGGACAGGAUUUCAUCUUAGGGAAUUACUGGCUUCCGUCUACAAAGUUGUUUACUGAGUCAAACACACGUUUUUACGACUUCAUGGGAGAAAAAUUGAGCCACAGCUAUUCAUCGCAGGGCCCUUGGGACUCUUUAAAAGAUGAAGACCUUAAUCUUGAAAUGGUUCUUGCAUCGAAUCCUCCAUCAAGUCAUCCAAGGAGCCGAGGUGGAGAGAAUGGGAAGAUAGAGGAAAAACUGGAAAAGGAGUUUGACUCGUUUUACCGUACAGCAUGUAUAUUGGCGUUUUCACUGAGUACUCAUUCUUCCAGGGAGCAGCAUUCCCAGCAUCGUUAA